CAUUUCAUCGGAGAUGUUGCGGAAAACUCUGGCGAGUUUCUAUCCGUUUCUACAGACCGACUCGCCACUUUCUCCGGGGUGAAGAAAUUGCCCGGAAAGCUACACUGCGCUUUCAUCUGUUCCUCAGUCCUUUCCAUUCAUCAACCAAGGCAAAGCGAACAGAUCAUUGCGCAAUGGAGUCUCUGACUCUGAUCCUUCUAUAAGUACUGAUCUCAAUCUCACUUCCGUCAGUUCCUAUGGAUUCGAUCAUUUCCCUUUCCGGCACAAUAUUCGCCGUCAAUUAUCGUCUUCUCCCCUGCAAUAUUGCUCAUCAUAGACUGUCUCCUCCGAGACAUCCGGUCGUCCUCAAUACCUCUUCUCGCCGGCGGCGCCAUGAACUUUCUGAAUUUCGUCGGCCUGCUGCCGUUCCUUCCUCCAUUUCCGCUACAGCUGCCAGCAAUUCUCAACCUCCUAAAGAUGGACAUUACACGGUUGGUGAUUUCAUGACUAGAAAAGAGGAUUUACAUGUCGUUAAAGCUACAACAUCCGUUGAUGAAGCCCUUGAUACUCUAGUUGAGAAACGAAUAACUGGAUUUCCUGUCAUAGAUGAUGAUUGGAACUUGGUUGGCGUGGUGUCUGAUUAUGAUUUAUUGGCACUUGAUUCCAUCUCAGGUGGUCCCCAAGGUGACACAAACUUGUUUCCAGAUGUUGAUAGUACUUGGAAGACUUUUAAUGAAAUCCAGAAACUGUUGAACAAAACUAAUGGGAAAGUUGUUGGUGACCUCAUGACUCCAACUCCUCUUGCUGUUCGUGAACACACUAAUCUUGAGGAUGCUGCAAGGUUGUUGCUUGAAACAAAGUAUCGUCGAUUACCAGUGGUGGAUGGUGAUGGCAAACUGGUUGGAAUUAUUACAAGGGGGAAUGUAGUUAGUGCUGCCCUUCAAAUAAAACGUGCCAUUGAGAAGAUGCAGUGACUCAAAAAUGGAGUAAAAAUGCUCUGCAUCAUAAAUUAUUUCCUUCAUCGCCAUUGAGAAGCCUGUUGGUGAGUAGCAUCAAUAUUUAUUGUGGAUGUCAAGGCCGGUAUAUCUUGACAUAUAUAUUACUCUUGACUAUAUUUAAAGUUGAGUUCCGAAUUCUGAGUAAUUGAGGAUGUGUGUGUAUAAAAUGAUUCAGUAUAUGUUUUGUUAGAUCGAGAGACUAUGGAAAUUAACCUCUUCCUGUAUUAUUCAUUCUUCUUAAAUAGUUCUUUGGGGUAUAAGAACUUGCAUGGUUUUCGAUUUA